CCGCCCUUCACCUGCGCCAGCUCCCCCUCUGCGCAUGCGCCGACGGGGUCCAGUGGCGGCAGCCGACCGAUCGCGGAUCCGGAAGGAGUCUCCGGCAGCGUACCCAGUCACAUCGCGGCCCCGACAGAAUUCGCCGCCUUUCGCUGAGCUUCUCGUCUGCCGAGGGAUACGCGGAAGAGAGAGUGCAUGGGCCAGUAAGAGGGGGAAUGAAAGGUUUUUUGUGAAUUUACAUUUAAGCGGAAGCAGCCGAAAAGCCCCGUGCCAUCCUGCGACUCGAAGGCAAGCCGGUAAGAUGCUUAGCAGGAACACGGGCUUCCUCGCUCUGUGUACGUCGUUACUGCUGUUUGGGAUGUCGUAUCUGAACGCGGGACUGCUAACUCCACGGAGGCGCCUCGACACAGCACUCCGCACGCAAGGUGGCGUCGCCGCCGGCGCCUCCCCCGCCAAGCUGACGGCGACGCCCUUCCACGUCCUGCUCCUGAGCUCCGUCGGGCGCAGUGGCUCGACCUUCCUCGGGGAGCUCCUGUCGCAGCGCCCUCGCACCGUGUUCAUGUUCGAGCCCGAGCUCUUCCUCCAGCACAAGUCCCCCACCGGCGUGACAGCAGCUGCCAGCCGAGAACUUAUCCAGCGGAUGCUCGAGUGCAAUUUCAGCCAAGAGUGGAGUGCCUGGGCGAAAACUAGGAAAAAUGUUUGGAAACCGGAAAACCACGAAGUCUGCGAAGGUCACAGGGGUAGUGACUACCACCAGUGUUUGAGGGAAAUAUGUCAAAGCAGCGUCUUUAAGGUUAUCAAGACGAUAAAGUUGCGUGUGUGGUGGGCGGGGGAGGUGCUCCUCGGCGGGGGCGUGAAGGUAGUCCAUCUAGUGCGUGACCCCCGCGGCUCCUUCACGUCCCUCGCCCGGCUUAGCAUGGUCCAGGCUGACUACAAGAUGUGGUGUCCACGGAUCCUACAGGACCUGGAGAUGGUGAGCACCAUGAGAAGUCUGUUCCCCGAGAGUUUUACUUCCGUGAAAUACGAAGAUCUUUGUCGCGAUCCCUGGGGAACGGCCACGAAACUGUGGAAGUUCAUUAGCAACGAAAACAACACCUCCCUACCAGUGUCCUGGAGGACGUUCUUGCAUCGCCACACGAACACAAACAGCAUUAAACCCUACGGCACGGAUCGCGAUACACGGCAACAAAUCGGCGCCUGGCGGGAGAAGAUCAGCGAGCGGAUGCUUAGCGAGAUCGAGCACCACUGCGGCGGCGUCAUCGACAUGCUGGGUCACACUCGAUUCCACUCUCUGACAAAUGCUAGAAAUAGUUCCAUUCCGCUGGAUGAAAAGUCUGGCACGUAGGGUCCAAGGUUCGACUCUUUGAGUAUUAUAAAAAGCGGUAUGAGGAUGUUGAUGGAAUGGUUAUCGUUAACAAGGUCUGUAUGAGUAAAUAGACCUUGAUCGUUAACAAAGCAACGCCUUUUCCGUCUCGGAUAUAGCUCUUGUACUAAACAGACAAAUGCUCAUAAAUGUUGGAAUCACAUUUGCGACCACACAUUAUAUAAACUCAACUUUGUACAUUUUUGUAUUGCAGAAAAGACAUAUAUCUAAUAAAUAUAAAUCCAAUGGUUA